AUGUCAAUACGAUCCCUCCACUCAACCGGCGGCCAGGAACAACCGGCCGACGCCACCCGCGACUCUACACGUACCGCCGAUAGUACUGACAUGAGCACGGCCAAAGAAUGGUUCAAGGCCGUGCUCAAGAUUCAACACUCGUCCAUUGUUCAAGCACAGGAGGAUCGUCGACAGGCUCUAGAGGAUCGCCGAGCGGAUCGUCAAGUGUUUCUUGCGGCACAUCAAGCUAGCGCAACCCGUAUCGCUCGCCUAGAAGACUUACUCCUGGCAAUGAAUCUCAAGAAUGAAGUCACCGGCCGCCCUGCACAACCAACACCAGGCCGGGUUGAUCUUCAAAAAUUUUGUACAUCAGACGGACCCACGUAUCGCGGACCCUUCCAAGAAACUGAAUCGUUUCUGAGGUGGAUACAUGGUGUCCAGAUCUUCUUUGAGACGAAAGACGUCUCUAACGCGGCCGACAAGAUUAAAAUACUCGGCAACCUCAUCGCGGAAACCAAUUUGCAGUCGUUCUACGCAAACAAAGCGGCGGGGUUCCUCACGAGAUCGUGGGACGAGUUCAAGACUCGAAUGUUUGACUUCACGCUUCCCACCAACUGGCGCUCGGGACUACAACGCCAGGUUCGCAAACUAGAAAUGACAUCGACCGAGACGUUCCUUGAAUACAGCACGAGAGCUCGCACGUUGCAGAGUCUCUUCAACUUUGAUGCUGAAAAAACCUCCAAACUUGGCGAUCUCCAACUAGCGCAAUUUGUUGUUUACGGUCUGGCCGACGCACUACAAGAUCGAAUAUAUGAGAGGCAGCUCCUAGAAGUUGCUCCUUUCAAUUACGGCCCCUUUGAGAAACAAGCUAACGUGUCCUUCCUUGCGUUACAACGUCCCACCGAAUUGCCACCGCUGGCCAAAUCGACCCCCAACCCGCCGCCGACACUAGGCCGAGCCUGCCCCGGCCCAAUAGACCGCUCACACAUCAAUAUCCCUGUUGCUUUCCAAACACCAACCAAACCUCCCGAUUACGUGGCCCCCCGUGCCUGGAGUAAACCAACUGCCGGUCCCGGACGAUCAUCUCAACCUCCCGCCGGUCGGCCUCCAAUUCGUGCUGCCAGCGUGGCAGGCAUUGCAGAAAUGACACCGCUUGAAGCUCAGGUUGCCGGGUUGACUCUCGAUGCAGCUAUCAGAGAAGACGCACGUCUCGACCACGAAUUUGAUGACAAAGGCUGUUUCCCAGCCCUGGGUACUGCCGCCGUGGCUGCUCUCGAGGACCUCGACACCCAACUUUUGCAAAAUGAAAUCGAUCGUGCUACCGAAGCUUCUAGCAGUUGGACGGGAAACUUGGCAGAUGACAUUGCGGGUUAUUGA